CUUCCAGACAGCCUGGCCAGAAUGGAGCCGACUGAACUGCUCCUCGUGGUCAUGCUUCUCCUAACUGCAAGACUGGAUCUGUGCCUCCCGGCUCCUCCCGCCUGUGACCCCCGUCUCCUAAAUAAACUGCUUCGCGACUCCCAUGUCCUUCACAACAGACUGAACCAGUGUCCAGACGUUAACCCUUUGUCCACACCUGUCCUGCUGCCUGCUGUGGACUUCAGCUUGGGAGAAUGGAAAACCCAGAAGGAGAAGACCAAGGCACAGGACGUUCUGGGAGCCGCGACCCUUCUGCGGGAGGGAGUCAUGGCAGCACGGAGACAACUGGGACCCACCUGCCUCUCAUCCCUCCUGGGACAGCUUUCUGGACAGGUCCGUCUCCUCCUUGGGGCCCUGCAGGGCCUCCUUGGAACCCAGCUUCCUCCACAGGGCAGGACCACAACUCACAAGGAUCCCAAUGCCAUAUUCCUGACCUUCCAACAACUGCUCCGAGGAAAGGUGCGCUUCCUGCUGCUUGUAGUAGGGCCCACCCUCUGUGUCAAGCAGGCCCUACCCACGACAGCUGUCCCAAGCAAUACCUCUCUAUUGCUCACACUGCACAAGCUCCCAAACAGGACUUCUGGAUUGUUGGAGACAAACUCCAGUGUCUCAGCCAGAACUACUGGCUCUGGACUUCUGAAGAGUCUGCAGGGAUUCAGAGCCAAGAUUCCUGGUCUGCUGAACCAAACCUCCAGGUCCCUAGACCAAAUGCCUGGACACCUGAACAGGACACAUGGACCCUUGAUUGGAACUCAUGGACUCUUUCCUGGACCCUCACCCAUGGCCCUAGGAGCCCCAGACAUCCCUCCGGGAACUUCAGACAUGGACUCCCUGCCCCCCGACCUCUGGCCUGGAUAUUCUCCUUCCCCAACCCAUCCUCCUACUGGGCAAUACACACUCUUCUCUCCUUCACCCACCUCGCCCACCCCCCCCGGGGCCAGCUCCAACCUCCAUCUCCUGACCCCACUGUCAUAGCCAACUCGACCAGUCCUCUUCUAAUUGCAGCCUACCCUCACUUCCAGAAUCUGUCUCAGAAGGAGUAAGGUACUCCGGCCCUGCCAGCAUCAGCACUGUCUCCAUGUAAAGUUCCCUUUCCAGGAGGGGAGGCCCUGGGAGUCAAGUUAUACCAGAUUUCCUGCUUUCACCUGAAACCCAAAGCCCUGCUAACGGGGGAGACACGGGACAGAAAAGGGGAUCAUUUUUCACUGUAUAUUGUAAAACUUCAGAAGCUAUUUUUUUAAACUAUCAAUAAUAUUCACCAGAGCAGCUACUUAUCUUUGGUCUGUUUUCUGCACAAAUUUACAACUAAUUCUCUACAUGCUCUUUUUCAUACAACAAUUCUGCAAAGGGCUGGACCA